UUUGGCGGCAAAAAGGGUAAUGAAAGACAAACUCUGUUCGGUGCUCACUUAUACGAUCCUUCUCCACUGAUACAAUCAGAAAACAGCCUUGGAAAAGAAGAAGCAAUGCCCUCAUCGAAACCCAUAUCCCCCUUCCGCCUCACCUCCCUCCUCCGCGCCCAGAAGGACCCAACCCUCGCCCUCCAACUCUUCCUCAACCCCAACCCCAACCCCACCCCCACCACGCGCCCCUUCCGCUACUCGCUCCGCUCCUACGACCUCAUCAUCACCAAGCUCGCCCGCGCCAGAAUGUUCCCCGAGAUGGAACAAGUUCUCACCCGCCUCCUCCGCCAAACCCGCUUCCCACCCCCGCAACCCCUCCUCCGCCACGUCAUCACCCUCUACGCACGCGCCCGCCUCCCCUCACGCGCCAUCCGCACCUUCCUCUCCAUCCCUUCCCCCUCCCUCCGCUCCUUCAACUCCCUCCUCCACGCGCUCCUCUCCUGCCGCGACUUCCCCUCCCUCACGCGCCUCCUCCCGCGCCUCUCCCGCUUCGGCCCCCCCGACGCCUCCACCUUCAACAUCCUCCUCCACGCCUGCGCCCUCACCAACGACCUCCCACGUGCCGCCUCCCUCCUCCGCCGCAUGCGCACGUGCGGCGUUCGCCCCGACCAAAUCACGUUCGGGACCUUCAUCAACGUUCUCUGCAAGCACGCCAGAUUGGACGAGGCUUUCCGAGUGAAGGAGGAGAUGGAGAGGGUUUUCGAUUUGAAGCCUAAUGUUUUCGUUUACACCGAUUUGAUCAAAGCGGUUUGCGGGGUUGGGGACUUCGAUUGCGCGCUUCGGAUGAAGGAUGAGAUGGUGAGGAACGGUUUGAGGCUUGAUGCUGUUGUCUACAACACUCUGAUUUCCGCGCUUUUCAAAGCGGGGAAGAAGGGUUUAGGGUUUAGGGUUUUGGAGGAGAUGAGGAGUGGUGGUGGGAAGCCGGAUUCGGUGACGUGUAAUGUGUUGAUUGGGGAGUAUUGUAGGGAGGGGGAGAUUGAUGAGGCUUUUAGGGUUUUGGAUGAAGGGGUGGAGGGUGUGAAGCCUGAUGUUGUUGGAUUCAAUGUGGUUAUUGGUUGGCUGUGUAAAGAGGGGAAGUGGAGGGAGGCAGAGGAUUUGUUUCGGGACAUGCCGCGGCGGCGGUGUGUUCCCGAUGUGGUGACUUACCGGACGAUGUUCGACGGGCUUUGCCGGUGGAUGCAGCUUGAGGAAGCUGGGUUGGUUUUGGAGGAGAUGGUUUUUAAGGGCUAUGUUCCUCGUUCCUCAAGUUUGAAUGAGUUUAUUGGCAGGUUGGGGCGGGAUGGGAAGUUUGAACUGUUGUGGAAGGUUUUGAGUGGAUUGGGGAGAGAGGGGUUUUGCAGUGAGGAUGUGUGGAGAACUGUGGUUUCAUUGGUUUGUAAGUCGGAGAAGAUGUUGGGGGCUUUUGAGGUUUUUGAUGCCUUGGUGUUGGUAUGAAUUGUAGAUUUGGUUUUUCAUCAAAUGCACUAGGUGAGAUUUGUUUGGUUGUGUGCAGAACUUGUUGACUAAAGAUCAUUAAUUUUUCAGCAAUGGUCCUGAGGUUGACCAACCAAAAUGCUCGCUACAGAAUAUUUUUGGUAAAGAGCACAAUUAUUCUUUACGGGAGACAAUCAUGUUUGAGUUGGGUAGCUGUAUAGUUGGUGACGAGCUUUUGCAUUUGAAAUUCUUAUUUAAAAACAUCAAAGUGCUGUUUAAUCCUUGUUCCUUCCACAAUGCAUGUUUUCAUGGACGAGCCACACAUCUCCAAAUCUAGCCAAGCAAUACAUUAAGCACAUGAUAGGGAAUUUGUAUUAUGAGGUGCUUAAGUCCCACAUCGGGAAGGGUUUUCCUGGUGCUUAGGUGCUUAUCAAUUGGUAUUAGAGAUGGUUGUUGGUGUUUUAGAAAUGGUUACCUAUGGAGGGGCUAACUGGAAAGGUUGGGUGAAGUAUCAUAGAGUGUGCGACUAGAGGUAAAUUUGUAGUCCACAAAGUUGAGAUGAAUAUCCAAUGAAGAGUAAUUGUUUGGACAAUCCUUUUGUUGAAGGAGAUAUAUGCCAAUUACAAGCCUUCUAAUGCCUCUCUUCCUAAAAGAAAGUCCUCAUGUCUGCUACUAUAGCUCCCAACUCUACCACUUGCGGAUGCUCUUCCAAACCAGGGAGAUGCAUCAUCUCGACUCUUGAGCUAAAACUUAUAUAUGGGCUUGUACAGUUUGUGCUGAUGAACAAGACCCUUCUUUUAUUGAAAGUCAAAACAGCGGGAAAAUACAGAUGCAACUACCAUAGUUAAUAUUCUUCCAGAGUUCAGGAAAUGGGAAGGGACACAUCCUUCAACCUCAACAAGAUCUUUGGACAUCUGCAUAUUUCUAGGAUUUAUAUAUUUUUUAAUCCAAAGGUUUUCUUUGAUUUGCUGCCACUUAUUAUAAGAUUUUCUGACUGCUAUAAUGUUUGUAUGUAUGCUUAUGAUCGAACAAGAUCAGCAAAUAUUUACACUGUGGUAUGAUCUGCUCCUAACUCGCCCCUCCUUUCUUUAGCCAAGCUCAACGUUAAAAUUUGCAAAAGUUUAGUUGAAACUAUCAUAGAAAAACCUGGGUGUAAAUUAUUUGGAGUCCAAUCAGGCGGUGUAACUGUAGCAAAUUCAUUUGGAAUAUGACAGUAAAAUUAUGAGAGUGGCAAUGGUGAUGACAGUAGUUGUCUCAAUCAUUGAACUUAUACAUUUUUUAAUCUGUAUGUCAUUAUUCUUCAA